GUGCAACUCGAAUUUACAAGGAAGUCGCCCCAACACCCCAGCCCGUCUGCGAGUGCGUCAGAGGCGAUGUUCACCAAAAACGAAACUCAGGAGUUGCGCAGGGGCUCCGUCGGUCUCGGCUGCGAACUCGGGUUCCACCCUUCAGUUUUAAGUGGGGACGUUUCGCAUGAAAGGCGGGAUGCGAGGAGGUGGUCUAACUUGGAAGUAAUCCAGUAACGACGCGUUUUCUGGAAGGUUCGACGACACUAACAGUGGAGAAAUAGCAUUAAAAAAACUCACAUGAACCUAGUUCACUAAAAAGCUUUUUUGAAGGAUUGUGAGGAACCUACAAAACAACUCUGUGGUCCGGAAGCUUAUGCUAUGGAAUGAACGUGAGGACAGUUCAACAGACAGCCCUCUAAAAUAAGGAGUAACCAUCAUGGCUGAACAAGAGCAGACGCCUCUUGAAAACUGGACCGAAGACCAAGUCAGGGACUGGCUGAGAUCUAUCGGAUUAAAGGAGAAGAACGUGGAGAAAAUGUAUAAUGAGGAAGUAGAUGGAAAAGUCCUUCUUCAUCUGGAUGCAGACUUCUUGUCAACUAAGAUUUGCCUGGCACAUGGGCCUGCUUUUUUAAUUAUAACAAAGAGAAACGAGCUCAUCGACCGUCAAAGGGUGAAGCUCGAAGGAAACUCUGCCAGUGACAAGCAAGUUGAUGUGAAAAAGAAAACUAAGAAAACUAAAUCACCAAAAGCUCCACCGACAACACGCCAAGCGGAAGUGGGUCAGGAUCCUAUCCAGGGUCCGAUGAUACUAGAGAGUACUGUGGGCAAAAGUAACUUUAAAGAGGAAUGCAAACCGCGACCAUUUGAUCAGGAUGCACUUGAUUUCAUUUAUGUGAAGAAUCGAGUCCUGCUGCCAGAAUCUGGGGCUUUUGACCUGAUAGUUCCCUGCCAUGAAUACAAGUCUUUUGCUGUGGCGGCCACCCUGGACCGCACCAGACUCCAAGCAAAGUUUGCCUACGAGGUUCUUAAAUUUGCAACUGGCUGCAUGAAUAUCAGGACAAACGGAACAAUACACUUUGGCGUGAUGGACAGCAGGGAGGAUUCAGGAUAUGUGCACGGUGAGAUAAUAGGUGUUCCCAUUAGCGACAAGGACGUAUAUGUAGAUGCCUUGAACUACAUUGAGAGGAGUUUCUCUUCGGAUAAGGAUCACAUUCGCCAAUGUGUGCGGCCACCAAGGUUCAUAGAGGUGAUGGAUCGUGAAAGCCCAGAGAAGAGGUACAUUGUGGAGGUCGACAUUGUGCCUCUAAGUAGUAUUGUCAAGAGCAAAGUGUAUUCUGUUAGUUUGCCCAAGUUCAACGAGUCCAGCAAUAAAGUACAAAUGGAGAAAGAUGUGAUCUAUCGAAGGGUGGGCUCAAAAACUGAACCAGUGACUGACACUGACAUCAAGGUCUUCUACGAGCGGGUCAACGAUCGAGAUGCACAAAGAGAUGAGGCGGAAAAAAAUAAUUUCUACUGUGCUCCAGCUCUAUGCAAGGACCUUGGAAGGAAACUUACAAUGCUGAUGACAGGUGGAAAGAAAUUCAUUGAUAAAGCCAAAUGGUUUAUUUUGGUGACAAACAAACUCUCACCUGCUGACCUCAGCAAUAUCGACUGGUUGCUAAACCUCAACAUCUUUUGUGUAUUUGACUUCGACCCAGACUCAAAGGUCUCAGGUCUGUGCAGCAGAUUCCUUCAACAUCAUAUUGCAAACAUGCAUUCGUUGGAGAGCUAUAGAAAACCAACCGACAUGACCGUGAAAGAACUUGAGAUUCGUUUGAACCUUUUUGACCAAACAAGCUGGAUUUUUCCAAAUGGUCGUUCUGACUUUGAUGGUGAUCAAAUUUCAUGUGAUGGAAUUACUUGGUUCAGAACAAAAAUGACUCUCCUCCAAGAACCAGUUUCCCUGAUAUGCAAACAAAUUUUUCCUAAAGGAGCAUUCCAAGUGAUUUUCCUCCUCACAUCCGCAGUUGAGAUACCACUAUUGCAUACCUUCCAGGCAUUCUACGCAGACAUGAAAGGUCAUGAAGACAUCAUCUGCAUCUGUGAAUCUGAGGAAACCUUCUCAAAGUGGCAGGCAUUUGCUGAGGUUUUCUGCACAAAAGACGCUGUGGACACCAACAGUGUUGUUGGUCUGAAAAUGAGCCACGUUGAUGCAAUAUUGCAGCAGGUGCAGCCUGUUAGAGCAGGUGUUGCCAAACUAUUACCUGUUGUAAAUGGGACUUGUACACUGGAAGCACAGCAAGAGGAAAGAAUGUGUUCUUUGGAAGUUCUUUUAGUGAAUCAUUGUGAUGACACAAGCACUGACUUCAUCCACGAGGAAAAGGAGAACAUUGAGCAGCAGUUUUACAGAGGAGGGCGAGUGACGUGGAUGAAUUUCUGGCUUGCUGACCACAAACAUGUGGGAGAGGUGAUUGAAAGAGAUGCAUAUGAGGUUGUUUCCAAACUACUUAAUGAAAAUCUGAGAUGGAAUGAUGACCAGGAUCCUGUGGUCUGUAUAAACAUCAAUCAUCAUCCUGGAAGUGGAGGAAGCACGGUCGCAAGGCAGUUGCUGUGGAAGCAAAGAAAAACCCUGAGAUGUGCAGUUAUCAAACCUGACCAAUCCGCCACUGAUGUUGCACAACACGCAGAUGAACUGAGACAGUACGAAGAAAAAGAUCCACGGAGGUGUCUGCCUGUACUGCUCCUGAUCGAAGACUCAGAUAAAGAAUAUCUGGACGACCUCAGACAUGAGCUAGUGGAUGCCAUGCAUGUAAAAAAGAUUAAAAGUGGAACACCCUGUUUUAUUUUGCUGAGCUGCAGGAGGUCCCAUGAUCCAGAGAGAAGAAGCAAAGAGUUUCCUCUUAAAAAUGUGUCAGUCACUCACAGACUGUCAGCAGAGGAGAAGAGGAAAUUUGCUGCCAAACGAGAUAUACUUGAGCAGCAGUAUCAGCCAGAUUUCAUUCUGACCUUUGUCCUGAUGAGUGAAGCAUUCUCUCAAGAGUAUAUUCGACAGUUUGUCAAACAUCUACUUCAGGACAUUGACCAUACAUCUCCUGUCACCCGCCUCAUGCAUUAUGUGGCACUGCUGAACACAUAUGUCCAAAACUCCUACAUCUCUCAGUCACAUUGUGAAGCCUUCCUAGGUUUGAGACUUCACAUGGAAAGAUUUCGUCAAUACAAGUUUGAAAAGUUGCUCAGCGAUCAGGCCAAACUUGUGUUUCUACAUCUAAGAGACGAUAAAACCCACAUUGAAUCCAUCAGAAUCAUCCAUCCACUUGUGGCGAAAGAAAUUCUGGAACAACUGUUGUGUGACCAAAUGACUCAAAGCAAGUUGGCCAUGAGGCUACUUGAGGAAACUGUGCUUUUCGAACACAGAUUUGGAAAGCACGAAUAUCAUUCAUUUCUGAGGGCUCUUUUCACUCAGCGGCUGAGAACAAGCAAAGGUGAUGAACGCGACAGCCUCUUCUCUCCUCUCAUUGAGGACGUUCGUAAAUAUGAGGGCGGCCCAGACCCAGCAACUAUUUUACUUAGGAAAGCAUUUGAGCGGUUCCAUAGUGAUCCAUUCAUCGCACAGCAUCUUGCUCGCCUUCAUUAUCAUUAUGAACAAUUUGAGGAUGCAAAACACUGGGCAGAAGUUACUGCACAACAGCAGCCCAACAACUCCUUCAUUCUGGACACAAAAGGCCAAGUGUACAAAAAGUGGUUUCAGGCGAAAUGCAAAGCCAUGGACAACAACAAUGUCCCCAAAACUGUGGACAGUAUAGCAGAUGCUGUGGGGACUGCUUUAAAAGCCAUCGAGUGUUUUCAAGACUGUCAGAGAGCCGAUAAAGAAGACAAGGACCAUGUGAACAAUUCAGGGUAUUUUGCUGAGGUUGAGGUUGGAUGCAGUCUGCUGAAGCUGAUUCAGUCACUUCCUGUGUUUUCAAACACACUCAAUGGUCACGCAGAAUGCAUGAAGUACCUGUUAACAGACUAUAUUCCCCAGGAAAUUUCUGAAUCGUGGAAACCAUUUCAUGACAGGCUGAAAAAACUCCACAAGACCAUGCAAGAUUCACUGGAGUGGAUUUCAGAAGAUCUCAGCUACUUCCAGACUGAAAUUGAUGCAGAGGAAGAGGAAACACCUGAAAGUGCCGAGGAGAAGAUCAGCCACCCGCUGUCAUGGUUGACAAAGCGCUCCUCCGAGUUUGGAAAGUACUUCAGUGAAUCUUUCAAAAUUAAACCAGGACAGCCAAUCCCAACCAACUUAACCCCAUUUCAGAAGCAGAUGUUCAUAUAUCAACUUGGAGGGGGGAACAUAACAUCGAUACUCUCGAAACUAUCUGACCACAGAGAUGCAGUGCGUCUCUUGGAGACGAUCCUUUCUCUUUACCCAAGCGAUCCACUGAGGGCAAAGCUUGGCCAAAAACAUAUUGUCUGUUAUGUCUUGGCCCAAAUCACUCUGAACUGUCUAUCAUCCCAAACAAAGCCACCCUCCAUGAGAGACCUGCAGGCACUGUGCAAACAAUUCCCUGCUGAUGAAAGGAAACCAGAGACACUUUUCUUGUUGACCUUAUUGUUUUGGCCCGAUGAUCAUGACUCGGACACAGAAAAAGAAGCCAAAUAUGAAAUAAUUCAGUCAGCAGUUGCUGAUCUCAACAACCACUACUGGAACAAAAUGAAAGACAUCCCACGGCGCAAGAGAAGAAUUUACACACAUUUUUACCUGGGAAGAGGAAAAGGACUGUACAAGUUUGUCCACAAGAUGAAGUUUGAAAAAUUAGUAAAGGUGUCCUCGGUCUCUGAGAGACGCUUGAAGUGGCUGAGUGGAGAGGUCUGGAAAAGGCCUGAAGUUGCUGUAAUGCUGAAGCGUGUGUCAGGUUGGACUGAAGAUGGAGUUGUUUACCUUGCUGGUCCCAAAACAAGGAAGUUCAGUCUUCUACCCCUGCAUGUACGCUCAGUGCCACACAGCAAUGAAAACAUCACAUUCUACCUGGGGUUCACAUUCCGAGGUCUUGUAGCCUGCGACAUCAAGACAAAGUAGUGGGUUUCUCAUUCGGGUCAAAAAACAGACUGUAAACUAUUCAUCAAGAAUGUAAAAUGAAAAACUCUCACUUUUUCCUGUUGUAUAUACUGAAAAAUCGAAAAUAUUAUAACCAAGGCCUGCAAGUGACAUUUGAAUUCUUAUUGAACCUGUAUGCUUUGCACUUUUGAACUUACAAGCAAGACAUGCUCUGAACUUAGGGUGAACUUGUAAACAGAGCAUGUUUUUGAAGCUGAGCUCGCGAUUAUGGUUAACACUUAGAAGGUACGUAAGGUACGUAAACAAAACAUUGUGGUCAUCAUUUAGAAGAUACGUUACAUUUAUCAAAACAUUGAAACUAACACCUAGAAUGUUCAAUGUAUCUAAAACAAUUACCUAAGACAUGAGAGGCGUCUCCAAUGAAGAUUAAAACUUCCCACUGAAGAAAACUAGAACACGUGAUCCAUUAAUGACGCAUUAGGGGAUUGUUUAUUGAAACCAGCAAUGAUGCUAUAAAUGUCUAGGAAAAACUGACCCUCGUCUCUCUUGCUGCACGCUUUUUGGCUUCAUCCGUUCGCUGUAAGGUCUUGUACCUUAACUUGGGACGGUGCUCUUGCUCUUGCUCUUAGGCUAGUUGACUUAACGAUUUUUAUUAUUGAUUGAUUGAUUGAUUUGAUUAUUGAUUUUUUUUUUUUGACUUAAUCCUUUUUAUUGUAUGUAUUUUGAUUAUAUGAUUUUUGACGUGUAUGUAUGGGUAUUAGCGUCUGGCGACACCCUUGAGUUUAUUGAUGUUUAUUGAUUUUAUUGUUUUUAUUAUCCUUUUAUCAUUUUUUGAAGAAAUACUUUUGAUACAAAAACAAAAUAAAAUUGAGUACGAAUUAAGUACUGAAAAGGCACAACGGCGUUGAUCCCUGACU